CACCUGUUAGCAGACACAAUUUCCGGUGGGCUCCUACUAAGACCAAAAGUGUCAAAAUAAAUAAUUAGUUCACUAAAACUUAAUAAAGCUACAAGCUUAGAAUGAAUUGUUUCGUGACUGCUAAAAGCAGGUUCACCAGUUUCAAGUAUUUAUUUAUCAAGCCUUUUCAUCAAAUCUUUAUUUAUAUACUGGUUAUGUACCUUAAUGUUAGAAGACUAAAACGGUAUUGCCUAUUUUCAAAAGUGGCAACAAAACAGAUCCUACAAAUUAUCUGCCUAUCUCCCUUCGGCCAAUUCCUAUGAAAAUUUUUAAAAAGAUGCAUGAGCAAAUUUCUCAUUUUAUUUCUAAGCACAACUUCCUAAAUGACAGAUGGUUUGAGUUCUACUUAACAGGCCGAAUGCAGCUGACUCUUGGAAAUGACACAAGAUCAGAUUAGCUUUAUGAAAACACUUUUGGGGUGCCGCAUAUGUAUAUAUGCAGAUGAUACGAUAAUUAUUUCAUCCCAUAAAAACUUGGAAACCCUAAUUAGAACUUUCGCAAGUGGACCUUGAAAGUUGAGAAGAAAACUAUCAACCAUAUGGGUAUUUCUUUGAAAAGGAGAGAAAAAGUUAAAUAUCUUGUUUGAUCAAAAAAUGCAUUCGGAAGAGCAAACUAACAUAAAUAGAUAAAAUCCUAAUUAAAUAUACUAAAAUUAGAACCAUUGCAUCUUGUUUAACACCUCACACAUAAAACCUUUUAAUUAUUACACUUUUCAUGCCUUAUUUCAACUACUGCUCCUUGGCAUGGUGUCGUACCACCCAAGAUAGAUUGGGAAAACUAGAAAAACGAUUAAAAUGUGUCCGUACCUUUCUUGGAAAAGAUAGGGAAUAUUCAUUGAAUAAUUUACUCAUCAAAAGCAAUGCUAUGUUAGUUUUUAAAGCCAUGAAUAACAUUGCUCCUGAUAACAGGAGCUCAAAUUCGUUUUUGGCAAAAAACUGCCACAAUCACCAAACAACAGGAGCUUCAAUACACGAUUUGGAAUUAUUGGAAUUGUUAUUUUUAAGCUCAUACAUUACUUUAUUGAAAAGUAUUAUGGAGUGAUAAGCAAUUGUAAAUGUAUUUUUUAAUUGACUCGUAAUUUUACCAUCUGCAUGCUCCUCUAUUUUUUUCACACAUAUUUUUUUAAAUCAAAUGUGUUUAGGUCUUCAUUUAGAACAAAUGUAUUUUUGCACGAUAUAUAGAAGUCUAAAUCAAACAAAAACUUGAUUCCUUGACGAAUGGCUUCAAAAGGGCUGCAUAGCUCAGUGUUUUUGGUAAUGGUUUCUGGUCAAAUUGAAUCAGCAUGUUUUCCAUCAUUUGAUGAGCUGUAUUGUAAAUGUAGUUUUGUAUAUGGUCAAGAUUGGGUAAUUACGUCUGGAUCCGAAGAAGGGCUCUCGCAAAUUACAUUAAAAGGAAAUGAUGCAAAACAGUUGUUCCUAUGGAAUUUCCCUCUUGACGUUACGUUUAAAAGUACUAGCCCUUUUGGUUGGCCUCAAUUAGUAAUUAGCUGUUAUGGUCCAGAUGUUUUUGGAACUGAUGUUGUUAGAGGAUAUGGAGCUGUCCAUGUACCAAUAUCCCCAGGAUGCCAUACUCGUGAGGUUCCAAUGUUUGUUCCCGAAUCAUCGUCGCUUUUACAGAAGUUUACUGCAUGGUUUUUUGGACGUCGACCAGAGUUUGUUGAUCCUAAAGUUGUGGCGCAAGGAGAAGGAAGGGAAGUGACACGUGUUCGUUCUCAAGGAAAAGUAACAGUUCGUUUCAACGUAGUAACACGCGAUAUGAAGAAGCUUGGGUACGACAGUGAAGCUGCAACACUGCAGCAACCAUAUAUCCCGCCUGGUGCUUCCAAAAUUGUCACAGAAACAGAGGAAUCGCAUGACGAGUCGUUAUGACAAACAUAAAGAAUUUUCUUACUGUAGAAAUAUUUACACGCGCCAAAAGUGAAUGCAGCUCGUUAAAAUAGUUUGUAGUGAACUUUGCAACAGUUUUUAACAGACUUUUCUUUACUUAUGGGAAAGGAGAAGCAAAAACAUGAAAUAUAUAAAUGUCAAGGUACUAUUAUUUACUAUUUUUCGGUAUUUUUCGACACUUAUACGCUAUUCUCACGUGCAUUGACAUGCUGUACUGAUAAGAGGGAUUUUUUAAUUGUAAAUAUUAUGGUGUUAUUUGUGCAUAAUUUAUCUUUUGUUGUUUCAAAGAAAUAAGAAUUAAACAGAA